AUGUCAUAUCGGUGCAGUGGACUUGUCUCAUGCUUAAGAUUCUGUCCUUUCGAAGAUGUCCUUGCGGUCGGCCAUCAAGAAGGAUUUACCAGUUUGCUUGUGCCAGGUUGUGGCGAGCCCAAUUUUAAUGCUCUUUUGGCUAACCCAUUUGAAUCAAAGAGCCAGCGGCGUGAGCGUGAAGUGAAGCAACUUCUUGACAAGAUCCAGCCAGAGCUUAUCACUUUGGAUACCUCCGAGAUAGUGCAGGUGAAUACGGAUCUAUUAGAAGAAGAUAACGAAAGACUGAAAUCGCUU